AUGCAAUGGAAGAAGGGUAGUCAGUAUGGAAGAGUAGUUGCUGGUGGCAAUGGCAAAGGAAGUCGUCCGGAUCAAUUAUAUAAUCCAACUGAUGUAGUGUUUGACAAAGAGACAAACAGUGUCAUUAUUUGUGAUCGAACGAAUGAACGAAUCCAACAAUGGUCUCUUCUUAGUGACACAACACAAGGAGAAACUCUUAUCAGCAAUAUUGAUUGUUGGGGUCUAGCUAUGGAUAAUCAGCGAUAUCUCUACGUCUCUGUUCACAUGCCAUCGCAAGUUAGACGAUAUCGAAUUGGUGAAACGAAUGGUACUAUUGUAGCUGGUGGUGGCACGCGGGGUUCUAAUCUUGAUCAACUCGCUUGGCCGUAUUAUCUCUUUGUCGAUCAAGCGCUGAAUGUUUACGUAUCAGACGGUGGAAAUCAUCGUGUAGUGAAAUGGAGUCAAGGUGCAAAGGCAGGAAUUGUCGUUGCGGGUGGCUAUGAGUCUGGAAAUGCUUUGAUACAAUUGUCAGGCCCUAGAGGAAUCGCCAUCGAUACAUUGGAUAAUCUCUAUGUAUCGGACUCUGACAAUCAUCGAAUAAUGCGUUGGUUUAAAGGAGCAAAAAAAAGCGCUAUAGUUUUGGGUGGAAAUGAUUUUGGAGUCUCACCGAGGCAGUUAUACAGACCUCAGGAUAUAUCUUUCGAUCGACGCGGCAAUCUUUAUGUAGUUGAUAGACAAAAUCACCGCAUUCAACAAUUUACUCUCCAACAGAAUCAGGAUAAUCAGACGAAUUUUCUUUUUCGUUCUUUCAAAUAAAUAAAAUUGAUUGAAGAGGGAUUUAGUUUUCCAUUUCCUUUUCAUAUUCAUGCGUGUGUGAACAAGAAUCGUCCAGAUGAAAUUUUAACGAGUCUGAGACUCGCGAACGUUCAAGCACAGACAUUCUCGUUGUACUUCUUAAUAAUUUCCGAUGAGUUUUCUAAAAAAACUAGUUUUUAUGUCAGAGACAACAAUAUGAUUGAUGAUUGAACUUUUAGAAAGCGUUUCAAAGUCGAGCAAGAUAGCAUGUAACUUAGCUGCUUUCAUUCGUUUUCGUUUCUCUUUUUUGUAACGCAAUGAGGUUUUUCUAGUACAUACCGAUUUUUUGAAAAAAUAACAAUUUUUGUAGGAACCCUACAUUGUUUCUGAUAAGACGGGCAGGUUGUAAACGUUUAAUGAAUUUUUUUGUGUAAAGUGGGAAACGUUGCGGAGAGUUUAAAGAAUUCUGUAAGGUAAGAAAUAGUUCUAAAUGUUUAAGAUGAUUCUGUUGUCGUAUUGUUUCUUUAUAUUCUGAACCUUUUUGGUGUAGGGUGUGGGUGUGAAUGUGCAUUUACCUGAUGAGUUUCCCAGACCCAUAUACGCACACGCAUAGCCCGACCCGUUUAUAUCCACACCCAAUGCAACACUCACCUACACCCUACGGCCACAUCCAAAGAAUAUAGUUUUUGUAUCAAUAUUGGAGAAGUCAACACUUAAGAUAUUUAUGUUCACCUAUAUCCGCUGAAAUAUUAGUUACCUAAAUUUAAGAAACUUAGGAUAAAAUCAACUGUUCUAGAAAGGUUCGGAAUAUAAAGAAGGAAUACUGCAUGGAACUAUCAUGAAGAUUUAGAACUAUUUCUUGCCUAACUGAAUUCUUUAAACUAUCCAAAACGUUAACAACUUUACCCAACAGAUUCAUAAAACCUUUAAAACGUGACCAUGUUAUCUAAACGAAUAUAGGAUCUCUUGUGACAUUUUUAUUGUUUCGGAAAUAGGUAUAGUUGGAUGGAAAAGUGUCGAAGCAAAAAAGAAAUGAGAAAAAACUAUCAAAGUAAUUUUGUCCAAAUAAAAAAAAUAUCGAAAAUUUCAAGGUGAGCUCAUCAAACAAUAUUGAUUGUCUUUCAUACAAAAUUUUCUUUGUAACUCUCAGGAUUAGCAAAUAUAUCUAUUCGGCAUAUGCUGUUGUCAGUGAGCAUUCUAGAACACGUAAAAUAUAUUUAAGAAAACUUAUUUUAACAACAAACACAGCUUUAGUAUGGUUUUCUAUUCCCAUACAUAUGCCACUUGAUUGCAGGAAUAUAAAUACAAUCCAAAACUUUCAUCAUUACUAUAUUUGGUUGAUAAUGACUCAACAUUUCAGUAUUCGAGUCAAUAGAGGUGCUUCAUGUUGACCUAACCUAACUUUAAUUGAUGUCAUUUAAGCAUGAAUUCAUAUGUUAAAUGAACGAUACAACAACCAAGAAAUCAACAUCCAGAACUUAUUAAAUAUUUUAUAAUUUUGUGGAACUCACGUAUGCUUUCGAAGAAAAUAGUGAGUGUAAGUUUUAAGUCGAGGUUUCGUGGCUUCCCCCCCCCCCCCCCCCCCACCUCAUUACAGACACAUAGUAACGGGAAACAGAACAUUACAGACAUACCCCCCAUUACAGACAACCACCCAUUACAGACAUACUCCCCAUUACAGACACCCCAUUACAGACCUCAGCGACCGGGCAUAAAAAACUUCAACUUCAUUUAACAAUAAAAAGAGAGUUGAACAGUAUAAAGAAUACGAGUUUGACUGUCAUACAAUAUUUCAAUGUUUUCAUAAAAAAUGGAAAAAAAUUAAUAUCAAUUUGUUAGAGUUCCUAAUAAUGUAAUCACUGGUUAUUUUUCAAAAAUUAAAAUGUGCACGUAAAAAAUCAACAAUAAACCAUAAUAAUAGGUAUUGAUCUAUCAUACCGAUUGUAUAAUCGAUGUGACAAACACGAUCCAACCUUUUUGUCAACGUCAGACGUAUACCAUAUCACCAUUAUAUGGAUGAAAUAAUUAAUAAUGAUGAAAAAAAAGUAAUUUCAAAUGAAAAAAAUUGAUUAUUAUUGAGUGUAUAGUAAGAAUAAUAAAAAAAAGAUCGGGCUCGCUUCAACGAAAAAGAGAGUUGCAAUUUUAAAUGUAGAAAUUAAAUGAUCAACUAUUUUUCUUGUCAGCAAUUAUUUACAAAAAAAAACCUAUAGUCGAUAAAAAAGUCUUCAGUUUACAGAUGACGUAUUAAAAUAACAAGUUUGAAGGAUAUACGUGAGUUUCACAUUUUACCUCCAAAGCAGCUGCGCUGACAAGCUUUUUUUCUAACGAAGAAAAUCAAGUGUUGUAUUAAAACUCUUGUCAAACUUAAUUUCUUUUCACGAUUAAUCUUAAUUAUUUACGCAUAUCUAUUUUGCCGUGUUGAAUAAAAUAUAUUUCUCAUUCUUCCGAUGCAGAGCAAAGAAACUCGUUGUUCCACAUUUCUUCCAAAUCCCAUUUUAUAUUUCGACAUUGUUUUCCCACUUCUUUUCCGUCGAUAUUUUUUUCGACAUAUGUCUCUUCGGACUCAAUCAAACACACUGCCGAUAGGCAUUAAAAAACCUCACCGCGUU